GUAUUUUUUGCUGAGCUGUUAUCACGAUGCGGGUGAUACGACGCGCAUUGAAUUGAGUUGUAUGUGAAGCUUUAACCAUAGCGCCGAACAUGAGUUUCGCGAGCCUCAGUCUUUCAAAUACCGCUGGCAGACGAAGUUCAAUUAGAUUUAACCAAUUAAAUUCAAUUGUGAUAACAAGUAAACUAACGACUAGCAUCAACUAUUUGUACCUGCACCAAUUAGAUGUGUAUUAGAAAGAGGAACGUCUAGUUUUAAUAUACAGGAAUUAAUAUAUUCAAAUAAAAGGACUCAUCCGCCAUACACAUUAUUAAGAAAAUGUCAGUACCGGAGAUAAAGGAUCUGAAGAGUGUUGUCCAGCCACACCUAGAGGGUGGUGAGUUGCAAUCGUAUAGUGCUCGUUAUCUCACCAAGCCUGGCGACAAUUAUGGCAGCUGUAUGCUGGCUAUAGCUGCUAAAAUUAAAAGGCCAAAUGGACUUAUCGAGGACUUGCCUUUAAUUGCGAAAUUGCCUCCAGUGACGAACGAUUUAUACUGGCAAAUAUUUCAACCGGAACGCACUUGCCUAACUGAGAAUAAAAUGUACGAGUUGGUGCCACAAAUACAUCAGUUGCAACUUGAAGCUGGCUUGUCGAAGGAUAAGCUAUUUGAUGGGCUUCCCGGCUACUAUGGCAGUCGGAUAUCAUUGGACCCAAACGCUACUAAAGUCGACCGGGAUGCAGUUCUUGUGCAGGAGAAUCUUCAGGUGUCUGGCUACAGAGCUGGCAAUCGUCACAAAAUGUUCGAUUUCGCCCAUGCGAAACUCGUCUUGGUAUAUAUGGCACAGUAUCACGCGUUACCUAUUGCGUUGCGCAUAAAGAAGUCGGAGUUAUUUGAAAGAAGCAUACGUCCAUAUUUUAAUCGCUUCAAUAUGAACACCACAAUGGGCGAUGAAAUGAAAGAGGAAAUGCGCAAAGAAAUACGUGAAGAUCUGCAAUUGGCCACCAAUAAUAAUGAGGAUGCGGUCAAUGAAGCUCUAGAGAGGUUUGAAGCGUACGAUGAAUGGUUGGAACAACCAGAAGCUGCUGAUGGAUUAUACACCAGCUUGGUUCACUGCGAUUUGUGGAUAAACAAUAUCAUGUUUAAAUACGAUGAUAAUGAUCAACCGACGAAAUUAAAAUUUGUGGACUUUCAAGUUGCACAAUAUGAGUCCUUUGUGCACGAUAUUAUAUUUUUCCUCUUCUCCAGCGUCGAUUCGGCAGUGCUUGAAGACAAUUUCGACAGUUUUUUGAGAAUUUAUUAUGAUGCUUUUAUAGAUAACCUUGAAGAAGUGAAAAUCAAUACGGAUGAAUAUUCUUUUGAUGGAUUCUUAAAUGAAGUGCGACGAGUGGGACCAAUUGAAAUUCCACAUCCGAUAUUUAUGACAAAAGUAAUUUUGCUCGACAACAGUACACUUCCCGAAGAUUUCAAGGAUGUAGAUAUGUCUAUUUUGAGUAAAAAUCGGGGACUAAAAACGAUUACCCAGCGAAUUGAAGAUAUUUUGCGGUUGGCGAAAAAAUUUAAAUUAAUGUAAUACAGCUUAAAUAUAAAUAUGUAUAAAAGUGCA